AUGUUUGAUGAAUAUAUCCAGGGUCGAACCUUGCGUCGUCUAGCGAGAUUUAGUUGCUCGAUUGGGUUCUUGAUCGAAGGUUAUCAGGCUGGGGUUCUUGGUGGAGUACAAGAAACAAAGCCUUUUCAGAAUGCCAUUGAAAAUCCAACAGGCACAGAAACAAUCCCCAUGAUUGCUUCUUCUUACACUUUAGCUGCAGCAUUCAUGUCAUGCGUUGUUAUGCUGAUUGGCCUACCUCUCGGUCGCCGCAAUUGCAUCAUCAUUGGCAAUGUAUUCAUUGUUAUCGGUGGAAUAAUCCAAGCAGCCUCAUUUUCAGUUCCUCAGAUUAUUGUGGCUCGAGUACUUUGUGGGUUCGGGAUUGCAUUUAUCACUUGCAAUGUUCCCAUGUAUAUGUCUGAGAUGAGUACCGAUGCUAAAGGACGCGGGCCAGAAGUUGCAAUCAAUUGCUCUUCUCUACUUUUUGGGGUGGCCCUAUCCUAUUGGGUGACGUUUGGAUUUACUCGUAUGACGAACCAGGUCUCCUGGCGUAUGCCUGUUGCAAUCCAGUCAAUAUUUGGAAUUCUGUCAGGCACAUCGAUGGUAUUUCUUCCUGAUACACCUCGAUGGUACUAUGCCCGUGACUGUAUCCCCGAGGGUGAUAAGACACUCUCACGCAUCUACGGUGUUUAUCGCCAAGGCGUCAGCAAUAGUGGCGAUAUUCCAGAAAUUCAGGCCAUGAAAGAAAAAAUUAUGUCAAAUUUUCAUGUUGAAGAAGAAUCAAGCAACCGCCUGACUCUUCUUAGUCUCGUCUGGGACAAUACGCCCCUUCGCGUCGGACGUCGUAUUGCCCCAUUACGAUACCGCCAUAUCGGGUCUGCAGCUGGUCUACUUGGAGUAUGGCUAUUUACAUUUCUGACGGUAUUCGCGGGUGGCAUUGCUUUUGAGACAGUUGGAGCAAGAAUCUGGAUAUGGCCGCUGAUCUUUAACGCGAUUGCCUUUCUUUUUGUUUACUUUAUGUGUCCAGAUCCUACCAACAAAACCCUUGAGGAGGUCGAUGCACUUUUUACAAGCGACGAAGCUAUGCUAAAUAGGCUCAAUCACAAAAUGGCUCAGAAAGUUGUAGCUCAGGAGAUUGAGGAUGCAAGCUAG